UCUCUUGGCUGCCACACCCAGAAGGAUGAAGCUGGACUGAGCGAGGCGGAGGCAGGAGCUGCUGGCUGACACGAGGGACACCGGUGAUUUGCAGGUCUGAGCUGGACACGUUCAUGGCUCUCGGGUAGAAGCCAGCCCCACGGCCAGGAUGAAUUCUAUGGACAGACACAUCCAGCAGACGAAUGACCGACUGCAGUGCAUCAAGCAGCACCUCCAGAACCCCGCCAACUUCCACAAUGCCGCCACGGAGCUGCUGGACUGGUGCGGAGACCCCCGAGCCUUCCAGCGACCCUUCGAGCAGAGCCUGAUGGGCUGUUUGACGGUGGUCAGCCGAGUGGCAGCUCAGCAAGGUUUCGACCUGGACCUCGGCUACAGGCUGCUGGCCGUGUGCGCUGCCAACCGGGACAAGUUCACGCCCAAGUCUGCCGCGCUGCUCUCCUCCUGGUGUGAGGAGCUCGGCCGCCUCCUGCUACUCCGUCACCAGAAGAGCCGCCAGAGCGACCCCCCCGGGAAGCUCCCCAUGCAGCCCCCCCUCAACUCCAUGAGCUCCAUGAAACCCACCCUGUCACACAGUGAUGGGUCCUUCCCCUACGACUCUGUCCCUUGGCAGCAGAACACCAACCAGCCUCCCGGCUCCCUCUCCGUGGUCACCACGGUCUGGGGAGUGACCAACACAUCCCAGAGCCAGGUCCUUGGGAACCCCAUGGCCAAUGCCAACAACCCCAUGAACCCCGGCGGCAACCCCAUGGCGUCCGGCAUGAGCACCAGCAACCCCGGCCUCAGCUCGCCGCAGUUUGCAGGGCAGCAGCAGCAGUUCUCGGCCAAGGCGGGCCCGGCGCAGCCCUACCUCCAGCAGGGCAUGUACGGGCGGCCCAGCUACCCCGGCAGCGGCGCCUUCGGAGCCAGCUACCCCGGGGGCCCUAGUGCCCCGGCGGGCAUGGGCAUCCCCCCGCACACCAGGCCGCCCGCGGACUUCACGCAGCCGGCAGCGGCAGCCGCGGCGGCAGCGGUGGCGGCAGCGGCAGCUACGGCCACAGCCACGGCCACGGCGACCGUGGCGGCCUUGCAGGAGACGCAGAAUAAAGAUAUGAACCAGUAUGGACCGGUCUGUUCCUCUUUCCAGAUGGGUCCCACCCAGGCGUAUAACAGCCAAUUCAUGAACCAGCCCGGGCCACGGGGCCCCACGUCCAUGGGGGGCAGCCUGAACCCCGCCAACAUGGCGGCAGGCAUGACGCCCUCGGGAAUGAGCGGCCCUCCCAUGGGCAUGAACCAGCCCCGGCCGCCAGGCAUCAGCCCCUUUGGCACCCACGGGCAGCGGAUGGCCCAGCAGAGCUACCCGGGGCCCCGGCCCCAGUCCCUCCCCAUUCAGAGCAUAAAGAGGCCCUACCCGGGCGAGCCCAAUUACGGAAACCAGCAAUACGGACCAAACAGCCAGUUCCCCACCCAGCCGGGCCAGUACCCCACCCCCAACGCCCCAAGGCCCCUCACCUCCCCCAACUAUCCUGGGCAGAGGAUGCCCAGCCAGCCGAGCACCGGGCAGUACCCACCCCCUACAGUCAACAUGGGGCAGUAUUACAAGCCAGAGCAGUUUAACGGACAGAAUAACACCUUCUCGGGAAGCAGCUACAGCAACUACAGCCAGGGGGCCGUCAGCAGGCCUCCCAGGCCUGUCCCCGUGGCAAAUUACCCGCACUCGCCUGUCCCAGGGAACCCCACGCCCCCCAUGACCCCUGGUAGCAGCAUUCCCGCAUACCUGUCCCCCAGCCAAGACGUCAAGCCGCCCUUCCCCCCCGACAUCAAGCCAAAUAUGAACGCCCUGCCGCCUCCGCCCGCCGGCCACAACGACGAGCUGCGGCUCACCUUCCCGGUGCGCGACGGCGUGGUGCUCGAGCCCUUCCGCCUGGAGCACAACCUGGCCGUCAGCAACCACGUCUUCCACCUGCGGCCCACGGUCCACCAGACGCUGAUGUGGAGGUCCGACCUGGAGCUGCAGUUCAAGUGCUACCACCACGAGGACCGGCAGAUGAACACCAACUGGCCGGCGUCGGUGCAGGUCAGCGUCAACGCCACCCCCCUGACCAUCGAGCGCGGCGACAACAAGACCUCCCACAAGCCCCUGCACUUGAAGCACGUGUGCCAGCCGGGCCGCAACACCAUCCAGAUCACCGUCACGGCGUGCUGCUGCUCCCACCUCUUCGUGCUGCAGCUGGUCCACCGGCCGUCCGUGCGCUCCGUGCUCCAGGGCCUCCUCAAGAAGCGCCUGCUGCCCGCUGAGCACUGCAUCACCAAGAUCAAGCGGAACUUCAGCAGCGUGGCGGCCUCGUCAGGGAACACAACCCUCAACGGGGAGGACGGCGUGGAGCAGACGGCCAUCAAGGUGUCCCUCAAGUGUCCCAUCACCUUCCGGCGCAUCCAGCUCCCCGCACGUGGCCAUGACUGCAAGCACGUCCAGUGCUUUGACCUGGAGUCCUACCUGCAGCUGAACUGCGAGCGGGGGACCUGGAGGUGUCCUGUGUGCAAUAAGACGGCGCUGCUGGAGGGCCUGGAGGUGGACCAGUACAUGUGGGGCAUCCUGAACGCCAUCCAGCACUCCGAGUUUGAAGAGGUCACCAUCGACCCCACGUGCAGCUGGCGUCCCGUCCCCAUCAAGUCAGACCUCCACAUCAAGGACGACCCUGACGGCGUCCCCUCCAAGCGCUUCAAGACCAUGAGCCCCAGCCAGAUGACCAUGCCCAACGUCAUGGAGAUGAUCGCGGCCCUGGGUCCCGGGCCCGCCCCCUACCCGCUCCCGCCCCCGCCCGCGGGCAGCAGCUCUGGCGACUACAGCGGCCAGGGCAACAACUACCAGACCCACGGCAGCUUCGACUUCCCCCACGGGAACCCCGGCGCAGCGCCCAUGAACGACUUCAUGCACGGCCCCCCGCAACUCUCCCACCCCCCAGACAUGCCGAGCAACAUGGCCGCUCUCGAGAAGCCCCUCAGCCACUCCAUGCAGGAAACCAUGCCCCACGCUGGCGGCUCUGAGCAGCCCCACCCCUCCAUGCAGCAAGGCCUGCACGCCCCUCACCCCGGCAGCCAGGCAGGGCCCCCACUGCACCACAGCGCGGCACCUUCCCAGCCGCCCCGGCAACCGCCUCAGGCCGCUCCCGGCAACCAUCCUCACGGCGACCUGACCUUUAACCCCUCCUCAGCCUUAGAGGGUCAGGCCGGAGCCCAGGGAGCGUCCGACAUGCCGGAGCCUUCGCUGGAUCUCCUUCCAGAACUCACCAACCCCGACGAGCUCCUCUCGUACCUGGACCCCCCCGACCUGCCCAGCAAUAGCAAUGACGACCUCCUCUCUCUCUUCGAGAACAACUGAGGCCCCUCGGGCCGCCCGCCCCUGCCCAGCACAGCCCACACUGGCCCCGCCCCAGAGCCGCCCCUCACACCUGCCGUGGGGUCUCCCCGCGCGGAGGGCGGGAGGGGGCACUGUGACAGCCACCCUCGAGUGCCGAUCCCCAGCCCGGGGGCCCCUGGUGUCUGCGCGGUGGCCCUGACCGUGUGCCCAGAGCCUCCUUCGAAUGACUGAGCCUGGAACGCAGCGUGCCCCGGACGAGGUGAGCCCAGCCGGGCGGGGCGGGGCGGUGCCAUGGGACAGGAGACCCCCGCCCUGUGCCAGCCCCCCACCACAGAGAAGCACAAACCUCCGGGACGAGCAGACGCUCCCGUGGUCUGCGGCGCGCCCCGACCGCCGGACUCUGAUGCCAAGGCGCCACGUGUCCCGUCGGGCAGACGGCGGACAGGGGUGGGGGGUGCCAGGGACGGGGCCCUGUGCAGGCAGACGGCCCCACGGCCCCGGGACUCAGCCGGGCACCCACUGCAGUGACCGUGCUCUGAGCUGGGCAGGGAGGGGCUGGAGAAACAGCUUCUGGUUCUGCUUCACGCCCCACGGCCCAGGCGGAGGCUGGGGCCGGAGCGUGGCGCUCGCCUGGGAGAAGCCGUUUCUCCCGCCCGCCUCCACAGGCCCCGGCCCCGGAUCCGGUCGGGUGGGGGCCAUGGGGAGGCACCGGCUAGUCUAGCCUCUGCCCAGCGUCCACCACUGCCCGUCCCUGCGAGCCCCUGCCCGGCCUGCCUCCUCCCUCCCACUUCCCCACCCCCCGGGGAGGUUUCCGUGACCUCCCUCCCCGCCCCUCCACCCCACACCCCUGCUCCCUCCUGCAGAAGCAGUCUUCCUGCUUCGACCCCCACCCCCAUCUUGGGGUCUCCGGGGCGCUUCUGCAUCCGUCCUGCUUCAGACGCCCCGUGCCCCCAACCCCACGUAGGGUCGGGGCACCGUCUGUCUGUUGGUGGUGUCUCCCCUGCCGCUGCCCCGGGCUGUGGGUCUCCGUCUCACGCCAGCUCCCGGGUUGGCGGCCUCCAGCACUCCCGCGUCCCCCACUGGCCUCCCUGGGAAAGCUGCCAGCCGUUUCCCCCCACUCCCCACUUUUUCCCCCCCUCUGUCCCGUUGUUGAAGUUUUUUCUGACAGCGUGGUGUUCAGUAUGCAAAUCGAUUAUUUUAAGAAUUGCUUUUGUAAAUAUCUUUGUGAAUAUUUUAGUAUCGUCUUUGAUAAUAUUCAACGUUUUCAUGACCUGGUUAUUAGCCUUUGCUGGUGUUUUUAAAAAAAAAUGACCUUGACUCAGCGACAAAAGACCGAGUCCUUUUUUAAAAAAACAAACAAACAAAAACAAAAAUGUCGCCAGGGCCGCCUGUCCGUCCGUCCCGUCGAGGAAGGAAGUGCAUGGCCCGGCGUCCACGCUGCCGCGACUCAGAGCCAUCCCGCCCUGGGCAGCACAGUGUCCCCAGGGCCCUGGCAGCCCGUCAGCCACCUGGGAUGUCCGUCCCGCUGCCCUCGGCACCUGCUUCCUGCUGGGCUGUCCCUUCCGAGAAAGCCCUGGGGUCCACGUGGCUCUGGGGUGCUCCCCACUCAGUCACCACCACCACCGCCCAGCUUCCCAAGUCUGCAGCCGGCGCUGGGGGCAGGGGAGUUCGGAGCCAGGACAAGGGCUUGGGGGGGGCCUCCUCCCGGUCACCUGGGCCACCGUGUGCGGCCGGGACGCACCCAGUGAAGACGGCCCUUCCUCAGGGCAGCCCGGAACUCUGGGACCUGCCUCCCGGCCUGACGACACUUGGAGCCAUAAGUCACCUCAGCAAAAAAAACAAAACACAACCUGAGGGCUCAGCGUGCCGCCCCAGGCCGGGCCAGGCCAGCCACCGUGGACAGCAGGCCCAGCCGGGCAGUCACCACCUCUUGGUUUGAAGCUUUACCCACGCGUCAUGUCCCGUAGCCAUUUUAGUUUUGAAGAAACUUCUAAUACUGUCUCCCUCUCGGGAGCCCCCGACGCCCCCGGCCCACCCCAUGAGCCACAAGUCGGCCCCAGCAGCGGCCCCAGCAGUUACCCCCAAGGGACGUGUAUAUAUGUAAAUGAGCAAUAGAGACAAGUUAACAGAUGCAUUCAUGCCCCUGGAAUGUGUAUUGUUUUUAUUUUACCAGACAAAACAGACAAAAAUAACUAAAAAGGCUUGGAACUUCAUCUUUUAACAUGGGAAACCUAGACCCUGUUUGCUAGCGUUGUGAGGUCUCGCCACAUCCGUCCCCUCCGUGUAAUAUACUCUGACCCCGUGUGGAAAGGAAUUCUUUUUUUCCUUUUUUUUUUCUGUUCUGUUCUUGUUUUUCUUUUACCUACAUGUACUACUUAGCUUCAGUGUACUGGUCCUGCCACCUGUGUAUUUUUAGGGUGCUAUGGAAAUAAUGAAAAAAAAAACGGGGAUUUCAGAAGAAAAUUGUAACCAAAUUCAUACUUUGUAUAAUUUUUGAUAUCAUGAUCGCAGGUGACACACACACACGCCCCCACAUCCACACCCCUGUGCAGCCUGCAGUGACCCCGCCGAAGCCGCCGUCUUUGUACACCCAUGUACAAUUGCGAUCAUUUCAUACUUUAAACUGGUCAGAAACUAAUUGUGAUUUCUAGUCUUGCAAAGCUGUAUGUAGUUAGAUGAUGUGACACCGCUAAUAUUUAUCUAAUAAAUAUGUAUUCAGAUGAAACCUGUA